CCGGAGCUCCGGCCCAUCAUUCGACCAGGCACCGGCGGCGGCGUCCCAGGAGGAGUGGGAAAAACUGGGCGCGGCGAGUGAUGGCGGUGUUUUCUGGGCUUUGCGAUCUUAUAACCGGUUCUCUCCUCUCCUUCAUCGAAUCGAAGCCCUUCCCACUGACGAAAGAAUCCGAGAAGGAUCUACUCCUCUCUCUUUCUCGAGUUUUUAAGGAAAUUCAGCGAUGGGGGGAAGAGUUCCGCGAUGAAUCUGAGCAGGGAGCUCUAGGAAAUUCUCUUAUUCAUCACAAUUGUCUUAUGCACUUGGAGCGACAUUUUGGGUGUGAUAAUGAUUGUUUAGCUAAUGCUAUUUCCACAAUGGUCAUUUUUCUAGGUGUUGACAGCACAUUUGUUCAACACUUGACUGGGAAUGUUCUUGUUGCUGUAUCCAAUUUUUUAACUAAAUUUGGGAGCAAAUGGGUUAAGUUUAUUCACUUGUUAUGGAUCACCCUAGAAGUGGCAAUGUCAAGUGUUAGUGGUUGCACAUUCUUAAGUUCACCUAUUGGAUCUGUAAUAUGCACAAAUGAAAGCUUGAUUUAUCAGAAUUGUUCUAUGAAAAAUGAGAUGUCUAGAACUGAAGACUCAGUACUUGAUGUCACAUCCUUCACUGCACUUAUACAAUCAAAAAUUGUUAAUGGAAACUGGCAUUUAGUGGCCAAAAACCUUUUUGGAAUUCUACGUACCAUAUUGAAAUUCUUGAAGCAUGAAACUUGUGACCUUGAAGGAGUAUUCAAGCAUGUUGCUGUUUCAUCUCUUCUAAAGAUGCCUUGGGAUUUGUUUGGCGAAAUCCUUGUCAGCAGCAGUUUGGCUUCAAGGCAGAUGAGCUCUGGCAUGGAUGAAGUACAUGACAGGAAAAAUGGUUUGUCAGGGUCAAGAUACAUUCUUUCAGGGGUUAUCCUUCAGAUGUUCUGUUCCCUAGUGGAGAGAGAAGAUUCAGCAGAUGGCAGUGAUGAUUCCUCUGGGGAGCUUGCAUUAUAUUCCAAAUUCAGUAACCUUGUCCUCAAACUCUUGCCUUGUUUCUCCGAGCACCAGGAAUGUAAUGACAAGUGCCUUUCUCAGUAUUUGAGACACAAACUUCUGAUGCUAAUGACUAGGCUUAUCUUUUAUGCGAGGUGGCAAAGAUCUGAUCUUGCUUUAUGGCUAAAGUUACUUAGGAACUAUUUUGAAGAUCUAAUUUAUGAACCUAUCUCAGGAUUUGAUAUUGGUCUUGAAAAUUUUCUGGAAGGAUCUCCAUUUUUGUCUAGUACUGCUUGUGUAGACAAGAUGCAUAAUUCAAGCACCAGACACUUGAGGAGACGGGCAAUUCUCCUGUUUUUCAAAUGUUGUUUUUCAUUGGACCGCAUUAGCAAUGAACAUGGUGACAAAUGUUCAUGUGCAAAAGAAACUUCUUUUUUCUCUUACAAGUUGCAACUCUGCAGUGAAAAUUGCUGCAAUAUGGGUUUUUCAGAGCUUUCAAAGUGGCUUGAUAGGUGUGCUUGCAUAGAGAAGUUUGUGGAUUAUGAGAAUUACUCAAAAUCAUGCAGUAGUUUUGCUUUAUCCUUUCUGCAACUUUAUAUGGAGGAGGAUGAUAUGUUAUUUGAUAUGCUUUUGCAGCUGAUGGAUGCUCCAUUCAUUAACUUGCAAAUACAGAGCAAUGAAAAGGAAACAUCUUUUGAGGAGAUGAAAAGAGACAUUCUUUUUCAUAUUUCAAGUAUUUUUAACCCCAUUCACCUUUUCCAUCUGGUCCUUUUAUUGUUACACUAUGAUCACUUGGUGCUUGUUGAUUAUCUUAUAUCAAAAGACACAGGAAUUCAUUUUGUGCAAUAUCUUUUGAGGUGUUUACGUAAAAUUUGCACAUCUUGGCAUAUUUUUGUGGAAUUUUCAAUAUGCAAAAGUGAAAUUAGCCGGCCAUGUCACAAGAGAAGAAAGAUCUCUACGUAUAAGGAGAGCUGUAAUUCAAAGUCAGGGCCUUCUUCCUCAUCAUUUAUGAUGAUUAGGGGAUCUCAUGCAAGAAGACACAAAGUUGGCUGCAAAGCUAAGUGCAACAAUCUGCAGACUUUCGAAAAUGCUGCAAAUUGUUUGCUUUCUCUAAAGAAAAUAGUGGAAGAUCUUCAUCAGAAGAAUUUGUUUCCAUACAACCCAAAGCCACUACUUAGAAGCUUUGCUAGAUUUGAGGAGCUUUGCAAACAAUAGAAAGCAUAUUUGGACAUCACCCAUGAUGUAUCUGUCUUCUGGCAGAAAUAUAAUUCUCCUGUUGUAAUAGUUCGCCUGUCACAUGCACAUCCAAGGAUUUGACAGGGCGCUAACUAUACAAUUAUUAUGGAAUUUGAAGUUCUUUGGAUUCUGAGUCUGACAAGGGCUAGUUGGAUGGAUGAUUUAGCUGUCAGAGAAUG